GCAUAGUGAAAGAAAAAAAGAACCAUUUCCUUAUUUCGAAGUUCGCUGUCGGAUUAACAAGCUAAUUUUUCCAGUAACUUCCAACUUCCCCCUCAUCAUCAUGACGCAGUAACUUUGAAUGACUGAAUAUGCUCGUGGAAUAUCCUGUCCUCUGACGAACUCGGACAUACAAGAGAAAGAUAAAAUAGAUUCUGACCGAGACUGUUUUCGGAAGUAGAGAGGCCUCAGCUGACAGAGCAGACGAUUCCGUAACUUCUUUUAUCAUUUCUCGGUUUUGUUCAGUUCGCGAUAGUUGGACUUUUCAAAAUGUGGAUUUCUGCGUUUAGCUGGAUUCUUGUUGCAGCAAUUUUGGUUUCUGUUGAAUCGGAACCAACAUGGCAGAGUUUCAGAGUUACUUGGGGAAUAAAUGUAUUAAGCUCAAGAGUUUUUGCCAAAUUGCCAAGAACCGAAAGCAGAGCAAGAAGUGAAGGGUUUGUUAAACUAGCUGGUGGAUGUGCAGAAGGAAAAUUCCUCGGUCAUCGAUACAUGAAAGGACUAGAUACAGCGGCAGUACUAAUAUAUGAUAAAAAUGGUUUCAUUGCCGGAAUUCAGCAUGGAAUUCCAAAAAGUGACGUUGACAGAGUGAACACAACAUUUUCUUUUGAGAAAUCUUCGGCCUAUCAGCUACAGCUAGAUAAAGUUCUCGGAGAAGAGGAAGUUUAUUUCCUCACAUCUUAUUUUGUGGAUCCAAAUAUAAUCUGCAAUGAAGGACGAACAAGGGAGCAAUACGAUGAGCAAGGAGUAGGAACGGGUCUCUAUUUGCAAAAUGGAAGUAAUCCAAUUCAAAACACAUUCGAAGUGCCUUUGUAUGAAAAAGACAUGGAAGAUACUCACUGGGUAAAAGGUGGAUGCUUCAGAACUAUGGGUGUUCAUUAUUGGUACAAUACUCACGAAAACAUGACUUGUUCUGAUUUCUUCCCAUUCACGGCAAUUUACAAUCGAGGAAAAUUGACUAGUUUUGCCUUCGCAUCAUUUGGAAAUUAUGAAUUUUCAAGAAGAUUCGAGCAUCCACCUUCCUCCACAUUCUCUCGAUUUCUUCCUAUUCCUGUGCCAAAAUGUUUGUAUGACGAAUAUGAAAGAAGUGGCGGCUAUAGUACAAUGCAUGUGUUUUUCAGUGUUCGACCAUGGAACAUCUUCUGUUGAAAAUUUGAUGUAUAGAUUUUAGAUACCAAAGAGUUUUAGAGCUGGAUGCUUGUUUAUGUAUUUUAUUUUUAAAAAUAAAUCUUGCCAAACAAUAUUAAA